UUUCACUGUACUGCGGAUGGUUCUAUAAUCUCUCACAACAUUAGUCCCAUCGUGCGAGUGGCCUUUUGACCGGAAGCUCUUGUCUUCUUCUUCUUCAUUCUCCUCCUCCUUCUCUUGUUCUUCUUCUGCUUCUUCUCGUAUUUUUGUCCCUAUUUAGCUUUAUUAGGUAUGGAUAACGGACCACAAAAUGGGGACAAGUUGUGGUCCACACCUACCGACAACUCCUUCGAUACCUCACCCGGGUUCGGAUUCUCUUCCAGAGAUCGCAGCAACCUUAGUACGGAGGAACACUGGACACGAUGUACACCCUCAGUACAGGAGCCAGAGCCCGAGCCUAAGGCUGAACCAGAAACAGUAGCAGCACCAGACCCGGAACCUACAUUCGCAGCUAAACUGCCAGAUGAUCCACUCUAUGAUAACUGGAACAAUAUCUGUGCCAAAGAUAGGAAGAAGCGAACGAAAUCACUUACAAAGAAAGGAUUGCCUAUUCCUGGAAAGGACUUCCAAUGGCCUCCCCGACUGCAGGCGCUUGUAGUGGAAAGUCCUGAGCCACUGCCACAGCUAGAGCCAGAAUCCGAACCAGCAGCAGAGCCGGAGCCGGAGCCUUUGGCCGCAGCUAAAAUGCCAGAUGAUCCACUCUAUAAUAACUGGGACGAUCUCAGUGCCAAAAAUAGGAAGAAACGAGAGAAGUCACUUACAAAGAAAGGAUUGCCUGUUCCUGGAAAGGACUUUCCAUGGUCUCCUACUCCAACCCCUGAGCCUGUCAUCGAAGAGCUCGAGCCUCAACUUGAACAUCCUGCGCAACCAGAACCUGAGCCAAAACCAGAAAGCCCGAGGCCAGCCUCGUUCCCUCCUCAAUCAGACAGAGCCCUCUGUGCCCAAAGUGUAGCUACAGGAUCCAGCUCUCUCCUUUUCUUGCUAUCAAAGAUUCGGGAUACUGGGGCAUUUUCGGACCUGAAGAUUAAGUGUGGAUUGUCAACUUUUAAUACACAUUGUUGCAUUGUGUGUUCACAGUCUAGCUUCUUCGAAACGGCUAUCCAGGAUGGAUCAAAAGAGAUGAGGAUUAUCGAUCAUCCUUUCGUCGUCAAAGCGAUGCUUGACUAUCUCUACCGGGGGGACUAUGACGACUACGAGCUCGCCGCUGAAGUAAAGGGAUCCGGAGGGCAAGGCCCCACACUCCCUACAUAUGUUAACGCUAUUAUGCAUGUUACUGCUGACGUGUACGCCAUCAAAGGACUUAAAGAUCUCGCCAAGAAAAGGCUAGUAUCAAAUCUGAUACAUGAGUGGAACGAUGCGGAUUUUAUUGAACUUAUUGAAUAUGUCUAUAGGCCAAAUAAUCCUGCAAAUUCUACAUUGCAGAGUAUUUUAGCGCAAUUUGCCGCCCAGCAUGUUUCUACUCUCAGAGGCUUCCAGUCCUUUCACUCAGUUCUUAAGAAGUUACCUCAAUUCAUGUACAUAUUCUCAGGCGAGAUGAUGGAGAGGCUGGCACGACUGGAGAAGGAAGCUUUGUAGGCGUUUAUGCCUUCCUACACCCCAAAGGCUUAUUCCGGUGUGGCCAAAUAUGGCCGUUGGUAAGCUACAACCCAGAAGUGGGUUGAGAGGAACCUUCAACGCAACAGUUAUCCUUAAUAUCACAAUAGCUACUAUAGGUGCAUCUUCA